AAAUGAACCGCAUCCUAAUAAUGACCCAACUGUAGGCUUGCAGAUUUUUAGGGGUCCUGCGUAUCCUCCGGGAAUUGGGGGAGGAGGUGGUUCCGGAGUCACGUGACUGCAACCCAUCCGUGCGGACCCUUUGUUGUUGGGAUUUUGGGCAAGGAGAAUCGCGAUAUUGCCCCGACGCCAAAGUAUAGCAAAGACACCCGAGGACGAACGAUUUCUAAAGGACGUUAAACCGUCGAUACGCGUCGCCUUUCCCUCACAACUAGCGAAACAGACGCGCUUGAGAUGCACACAAAGACAGAACGAGAGGCAUCCGCGAGCUGUUAUUGAGACGCGCUCCUGCUCAACAGCGAAUCCCCGCAAAUGUGCUUGUGAUCGAAAUGCACGCUUGUUUUUAACCGGAGGGAUGCUCACAAGGCUCCGUCGGCCUUCCUGGGACACAAACACGUUUUAAAAGGGAUAUUUUCCGCAUCCUCCACAGCCUGCUCCUCUUUUGUUCCCCUGCACCUUUAUUUAACAGGUCAAAGAGGAGAUACAGAGACAUCAUGUUGAUGGGCACCGGGCUUGUAAGGUGGACCCGACCAGAACUGUCUGUGUUCUGCCUGCUGACCGUCAUCCUCAGCCCAGCUCUGGGAUCCGUCCAAUCAUCCAACCCGCAGAACACCGACUGUGUGUCCGGCAAAGGCAAAGGCUGCUUAGAUCUGUCAGAGAAGAAGAGUGACCUGCGAGUGUGUGAUGCCACGACGUGCCGUUACAAUGGCAUCUGCCAAAACAACGGAGGUGACAUCAAAUGUGUAUGCCAGUUUCAGUGCACUAAGAACUACAUCCCUGUGUGCGGUACAAACGGAGACACCUAUCAGAACGAGUGCUAUCUGAAACAAGCAGCCUGUACCCAGCAGAGACCCAUCUUUCUGGCCUCUGAGGGCCCCUGCUAUCCUGAUAGCAGCUCGGGAUCUGGAGAUGGAGAAUAUGAAGGAUCAGGCACAGAUUCAGGCAAGAAAAUCACAAAAUGCAGCAACUGCAAGUACGGCGCCGAAUGCGAUGAAGACGCAGAGGAUGAGGACUCCUGUUCGUGUAAAAUCGACUGCAGUGGACACAAUGAGAAUCCAGUGUGCGGCACAGAUGGAAACUCCUACCACAACCCCUGCCUGGUGCGAGAGGCGUCCUGCAUGAAGCAGGAACAGAUUGAUGUGAAACAUUUAGGGAGAUGCCCAGAUAAAGACAAAACUAAGAAAACUGAAGCUGGACUUCCCUACAAGCCAGAUUUGAUUGACCCAGCAAAAGCCGGUGAAGGAAAAGGAUACGGCUGGAUGCCCGUACCCUGCACGGACGACUACGCCAACUUCUGCGUUCAUGGCCAGUGUGAAUUUAAUUACGGCAUUGCCUCCUGCCGGUGUGACUCAGGUUACACGGGAACACAGUGUGAUGAGAUCGCUGACUUUAACAUCCUGUAUGUGGUACCCAGUGGUCAGAAACUUCAUUAUGUGCUCAUAGCUGCUAUCAUUGGAGCCGUGCAGAUCGCCAUUAUUGUGGCAGUUGUCAUGUGUAUUACCAGAAAAUGUCCUAAGAACAAUCGUGGAAGACGGCAAAAGCAGAACUUUUCAUCAAACACCUCUUCAAGGAUGAUGUAGCUUGUUUUUAUUUUAUUUUUUUUAUACUUUUUGUACCGAGUGGAUUACAGUUUUAAUGUGCUUUUUUGUUUUGUGCUUUCUUGACUCUGGACAAUAAGGUUAUUAUCAAUUUAAAUUUUAUUUUAUUAUUUUAUUGGAUGGUGCCUUAUUGUUUUCAGGACAUUUUAGGUACUUGAUGUCAGUGGAAAACACUGUCAAAUGAAUGAUAAAAGCCAGCUCUUUUUGCCGAGUUUUUUGUUUUUGUUUUUAUUUUUCCUUUAGAUCGUGGUACCAGGUUUUUUUCACGUAUUGUUAAAUGUAACUCUCAGCACACAAACUGUACCACAAAAACGGACGUCCUCUAUUUCCAUGGAAUGUGCUUCUUUACUGAAAAUAUUAACUCUGGACUGUCUUUAACUGCCCCCUUUGAUUUGAUUUUUAUUUCCUCAAAUCAAACAUAGCUGAACACCAAAUUUAAUUGGACAUGAACAAGUUUGCCGACGAAUGAUGACGUUUACAGUUUCUUUUGAAGGGAAUUCCAGAGAAUGAAAUGCAACGUGUUUGACUAGCUAAUCUUAUCAAUGUUGAAAUGUUUGUAGUUUUUAUGUUCUAAUGUUAUCGGUGUUGUUAAUGUUGAAACGAACAUUAUUGACAUUAAUUUAAUUCUAUGAACUGCAUAUCGCAUGACCUGUGAAACUGUGUCCAGUGCUGUAGAUUUAAUAAAAUUUAAUUCUCAGUCUUA